CGUUCACACAACACCAGCAAGUCAUUUCAAUUCGAAGGGAAUUCCAAAGUAAAUUGGGUCUGCAACACACCAGUACACCACUCCACUUCUCCAUUGAUUCAAAAUUCCAAACCUCAAGUGCGUCUGAUUUUGAGGUCCGCACUUUGCAUUGAAUUGGGUAUUUCGAAAGGAUUAGGGCUAAAAAUUCAGGCUGAAUUAAAAGGAUUAGAGCUACAAAUUCAGGCUGAACUGAGGGAUAGUAAUUAGAAGCAUUGAAUCAAGGGUUUUGUGUUUCCUUCGAAGCUACAGAAUAAUCAAUUGAUUCAAGAUCAGAUUUUUGGACAAUAACCAAGUCAGGUACACAUCAACUUCCUUUGAAUUCAGUCUAUUUUGUACAGUUUUUAUGGAUAUUUAUGUGAAGUCUCUGUUAAUUUAAACCAAAAUUCUGGGUUGAAUGUGAACAUUUACUUUAAUAUAUGGUAUUGUAAUUUGCUAUAUUUGAAGUUUUGAACGGAUAUUAUGUUGUGUUUGUAUGUUUGUAUUGCAAGAAUUUAAUAUGUUUCAAAUUGUAUGUCCUUCAAUUGUCUGAAUACUAAUACGAAGCACUUGUGUUUUUUUUGGAGGGAAAGUACAUUUGGGAUUUGGAGUUAGUUAUGUAGAAUUAUUAGUAUAGGAUUAUUAGUGAUAAUUACGAGUAGUUAUUUUUUUAUUGACCAUAGAGGAACAAGAAAAAAGAAGAAAAAAAGUACUUACCAUUGAGAAUUUCCCAAUAAUGAAAACCAACUUGUAUCCGACAUUCUAGAAUAGUGUAUGUGACUGUUAAUUCUAGACGGAGGUUGCCAAUCUGGCAAUCCCCAAAUCCCCAAUGGUUGAAAAUGGUGGACGAUGCUUGAACCAUUUCAAAGACCAAUAAUAUGGAGUUUAUGUGAAAUGACAUUAGAUUAGUGAUCAGAGUUACUUGCCUCUCUGUCUGCUGAGUGCUGAGUGCUGAGUGCUGACUGCUGACUGCUGUGACAUUACCAAAAUUAUUGCACAAGUGUAGCAUCAUCGCCUCCUUGCUUAUCAUCUACAUUUGGCCUUCCUUCGAAAGUUUAGCUGUUCUCGGUAUCAACCAUCAAAGGACAAUGAUCAAAGCAAAGUACUCUCAAUAGUGUGUAUAUCUUUGUGUGUGAAAGACCAAUGAUCACAACAAAUUACUCUCAUUAGUGGUUAAGUGGUUGAACCAUUGUUACCUGAUUCGCUAGUAUGAGACUGGAUACUGCUUCGUAAUACGCUUCCUAAUUUGCUAAACUAGACUAACUUCGUGUUAUAAUUCGCUUUUAUGGUUCGCGGUUCGUGGGAUGAUUAGAGAAUUAGGUAACGUUGGGUUGAACAUUAUGUAUGUGUGUGUGUGCACAUGUGUGUCUCUAGCAACGAGCUAAGAUAGAGAUGAUGCCAUAAAACUUACCAAGAUUCUGCUACGAUUAGAUACUUCUUGUAAGGACACAUACAAGCCACACAGUGUGGUAACUCCUGUUGUCAUUGGUGCCAAGCUAUGUCACGGAACAAAUUAUUUGAACUUUGAAGAGGGUCCUCCAAGACAAGUCACAAAGAGGACUAAAGUAUGAUUGUAUGAAGCAUCAGAGCUAAGAUUGGGCUGAAUUGGUUCUAGUAGUGGUAGAGAGUAAUCUGUGAACAGCUUCUUUCAGUGAUCGGCAUAAGAGCAGAAACAACCUAUUUAACCGAUGUUUCAGACACUAAUGAAACUCCACUUCUGCUGGCAGCUAGGAAAGCUUGUGUUGAGACUCUUGAAGAAGUAUUUAUUUAUUUCCUCACUCACUGGACUGUUUAAACCAUGCUCAACAGACUUUGUUGCUCGUUGCAAUCAAGAGAUACAACUUGAAUGUUUUCAAGCGUAUUGAACAACUUUUCCUUGUCAGGAGUCAGGGAAGAGAUGUGACAACAGAAGGUAAGUCCAUCUUACACAUGGUUGACACCGCAAGAUAAGAACUCCGGUCCUCCAGUUGUCUAAGAACUUAAUUUGUUUGGAGGUAUGCAUAAUUGUGAUAUUAAUGGAUAAUAUUUAAAAGCCAUUGAUAGGUUUAGUUUGUUUUAUUGUCUGCUCUCAAUAUUUGUGCGGUAAUGCAACUGCUGGUUCUAUUUAGACUUCUCCUGGUAUUUCAGAAAGUUUGAAUCUGCAAAAUUGCUGUAAUUUUAAAAUCAAGGAAAGCUAUGCUUAACCAUUGUGCUUUAUACCUGUAUGUGCAGUACUUGUAAAAACUCAUUUAUCAAAUGAUGACUGCUGAUUACAGUCAUUUUAUCGAGGCUAAGGAUUGGCUGAAGGCUUCAGCCUGAAGCGCAUUAGAGAAAACUGCACUGUGGUUAUUGUUCUGCUGAUUGCCACAGUCGUUUUGGCUGUUGCCUACAUAAUACAUGAGGGUUCAAAGCAAGCAACGGGGUAUACUCUCCUCCUUGGACAGUCUAUCUUCCUCCGUAGCAACUAUUAUUCUCAUGAUGGAUAACAGAGCGUUGGACCAAGAUUGCAAUUUAUGUUGUUGCUUCUCUCCCUGUAUGUAUCUUUUUACUCUCUUAUACUCCAUAUCCCUCUUUACAUACAACUUGCUGAAACUUUAAGGUACUGAGUCUGCAUGUGCUUCAAAAUUCAAAACCUACACACCGUUCUCCUAUCAAGAACGUGAGAUGAGAUUGGUAAGUUUCGUCCUACUUCUGCUUGUUCUUCAAGAGUUCAAGGCCUAUAUACCGUUCCCUUAUCAAGAACGUGAGAUGAGAUUAUGUUUUGUCUGCUAGCUCUUUAAGCAUCGAUGUAUUUAGCAUUGUUGUGCAUUUGAUUUUACAGUCAUAUGUGAAAAAUAUAUGUAAGUAAUAACUGAUAAGAAUUUGCACCUACAAAUUUCUUUUACGCUAUUUGAGAUAUAUGCCUGUACACGACUCUGAAAAUAAUCAAAGAAUUCCUAUGAAAACUUUAAAAACAGUGUAAGUAGAAUUAGAGAUCGCGAGUUUGAGAGAUAAAACAGCACUAAUAGUAAGCAAGUGAACUGACUGAAAAGUGAAAACCACCAUGAAGAGCUAGAAAAGGUGAAAAGCUGUGUGAGUUAGAAUAUUUUGACUUUUGAUGAUAAUGUACACUUGCCCGGCCUACAUGAUAAUAUUUGAUUUGUAAUAAGGAUCAGAGGAUGAAGAAAAAGGAGCAAUGUGUUUUGAUGGAGCAUAAUUUGUACUUAGCAUAUAUACUAUCUUAAUCCUGAAGAUUAUAUUAAGUUUAAUUCCAAGAUUGUGGGACAAGUGUAGCAUCCUUAAUUACAUCUGUCUUAAGUAAGGUUUUUUGCCCAAUUACUUUCAAAUGGUUCUACUAAGAAAGGUUAAAAAUAUAAUCAAAGUAAAGUAUUGGGUUCAUAAUUCUCAAUUAUAUAUUUUUGGAAAGGUUGAUUACUUUUAGCAUAUUUUACCUUAUUAUUGGCUCUACACUCUUUUCAGUCCUUUUUAAUCUCUGUACGUGGUCUAUGAUCAUGGCGGUUGACGAUCUCCAAACAAAAUUAUACCGUGAACUCUGCAAUAAUAGCAAUGACGCGGUCAUUGAGCUUUGCCCAUCCUACCUGAGCGAAUGAAUGCUUGGGGAGACACCAUACUCCAUGACGCAUCCACCUCCAACAAAGGGCUUGAUUUGGCAAGAAAGCUAUUGCAGAAAGUCCCUGAAUUGCUACUAGCGCGCAACAAAUCGGGUGAGUCUUCUGUCUUCCGAGCUACUCGUUAUGGCAGGAGAAAGAUCUUUGAGUUCCUUGCCGAAGAGGUGGAUAAAUUCUGUGACUCAGACUCAAACAAAGAGUUUGACCACCUCUACUUCUUUCAGAGAGAUGACAAUACUACCAUUCUUCACAUGGCUAUCCUUACAAGAAACUUUGAUAUGGCGCUUAUGAUAGCAAGAAAAUAUCCUCAUCUUUGUGGUAUACGAGCUCAAAAUAAGAGGACUGCUCUUCAAAUACUUGCUUGUACUCCAGCAGCAUUCAAAAGUGGAAAGAAAUUUGGGCUCGUAAAGAAACUUCUUUACUCAAGUGUUUCAAUUGAUGAACAAUCCAGUACCGAAGAAAUGAGCAUAAUUCUGAAAGUCGUGGCAUUCAUAUUAAGCAUCAGUAAAUCUUGCUGGACAUUGCCCAUGAUAGAAGAAGUCAAAGAGGUGAAGAAGGGGCACAAGGAUGCACUAAAUCUAGCCAAGAUUUUAAUCCAAUACGAUACUUCUUGGAUGGACACACACGAGCCACGUGCUGAGGUUACUCCCGUUAUAAUGGGCGUUAUUCCUAUAAUUAGUGAUGAGUCUAGAGAAGAGGAUAUGACAUUAAUGGAGAGUUUAUACCAAGAAGAUGAUGAUGAUUAUGACAUAGAGAGCAGAGAGAAAAUUUAUAGAGGUGAUAUUUAUGACAAUGAUGAAGCUCCAUUGCUGCUGGCAGCUAGGAAAGGGUGUAUCGAGAUUGUGAAAGAGAUAUUGAACAUGUUUCCACAGGCUGUGAACUAUCUAAAUCAUGAUCAAGAGAAUGUGUUACAUGUAGCCAUCAAAAGUCGCAACUUGGAAAUUUUCAAGCUUGUUGAACAACGAGCUAACCUUCAUAGAGGUUUAUUAGGAGCUGUUGAUAACAAAAACAACUCCAUUCUCCACAUGGUUGGAUGCCCAAGGAAAGUUCUUCCGGGUACUAAGAUGAGAAGUCCGGUGCUACAGUUGUCUGAUGACUUGCUUUUGUUGGAGCACUUAGAAAGCAUUUGUCCAAGUUACUUGGUGAACCACCGCAACGAUCAGAUGAUGACCGCAGAUGAACUGUUUGCCAAGAACAAUGAAAGUCAUCGUAUCGAGGCCAAAGAUUGGCUAAAGCGCACUGCAGAACACAACACAGUGGUUAUCAUUCUCAUAGCCACAGUUGCCUUUGCUGCUGCUUACACAAUACCAGGAGGUCCAAAUCAAGACACGGGCUACCCACUCCUCAUUGGGCUGCCUUUCUUCCUAGUUUUCACCGUUACAGAUGUUCUUUCACUUGGUUUCGCUUUGACAGCAAUAGUCGUUUUCCUGGCUAUACUGACGUCAUCUUAUCAGCUGAAAGACUUCCGAAGAUCUCUUCCACAAAAGCUGUUGCUGGGUUUUACACUUCUGUUCCUAUCAGUGACAAUGAUGAUGGUGGCAUUUGCAGCAACUAUUCUUCUAAUGGUAAAUAAAAAAGAGAGAUGGACAAAGAUAACACUUUAUAUUGUUGCUUUCUUCCCAAUAUGUAUAUUUAUGCUAUCUUAUAUCCCUCUUUACAUAAAACUUGUUAAAACUCUGAAUUACUGGAUUAAGAAGCUUGGUGAGUCUCUUCCUAGGCUUGCAUGCCCUUUGAGGCCUGCACGUCGAGCACUGGAAUAAAGUUGUCAAGAUCUGAUUCUACUAA